CCUACCAAAACUCCGGCCAUCCGCUGCUGCCGACCGUUGCUUCUGCACUUCAUUCUACUUAGAAACAAUCUUUGCUCUUUCAACAUUUUUACGCCCUUGUCGGAACAGUUGAAUACAUCCCACCUGCAACUAGUUUGAUUACAAUAAAAGCUAAAAUUCAGGCUACUCUCAGGCCAAGUGAAUCAAGAAAUUGAUCUUAAUCCUGAAGGCGUUGGCACAGAGUUAAGGAACUCUCAAAGUUAUAAAGCUGGAGCUAACUCGCCCUAUGGGAGAUCCAUUUGAAAUGGAAAAAUCAUAUAAGGGAUAAUGCUACAGUUUUGAUAAGGGCAACCUCUCAUUUAUUUGCUCAAUUCCCCAAGAAACAAAAGGUUGAAAUUGAAAAACAGUUAUGCUGCCUAUGCACACAAAUUUUGAUGCUUCUGUGUUAAUUAAGGCAGGUCUUUUUUGGCUAUAAUGUUGUCUGAUUGUUAUGCAUGAAGAAGAGAAAGAUGAGUGGGGACUGGGGAAUUAUAGUUAAAUUGAUGCAGGUGUACAAGUCCCUUUCUUCAAUCAGUUAUCUCUUCCCCUUGCUGUGGAAUGGCUAUGCCUCAAUUGUUCUUUCAUACAGAUUUCUUGUACGAAUCAUUGGGCCUCCUAUCACAAGGUUGCUAUUUGGUUGUACAAGUUCCUUGAGAUGACAUCAUGCAAUUGAGGAAUCAAGAAAUUUGACUUCUCAAGAUUCGGGGGUUUAAGGGCUCAAGUGGCAGACUUGGGACUUCAGAUAUUAUAUUUAUAUAGAGAUUUCUCUCUAACUAUGGCCGUGAAGACAUUGAAUAAUAUAUGGAUUCGACGGCAGCAAUGCCCUUGUGGAGAUUGGAAGUGCUAUAUUAAGUACGAAGGAGAUGACCAACCGACAGUUGGAUUGCAUUCUAUGAAGAAUGAAACGACAAUUUCUUCGUCAAAUGAAGUUGUUUUCACUCCUUAUGUUGGCCAGAUAUUUCGAAGUGAUGAUGAAGCUUUUGAAUAUUAUAGCAACUUUGCUCGAAAGAAUGGAUUCUCAAUUAGGAAAGCCCGUUCAACAGAAAGCCAAAAUUUAGGGAUUUAUAGAAGGGAUUUUGUUUGUUACCGUUCAGGAUUUAAUCAACCUAGGAAGAAAGCCAAUGUGGAGCAUCCAAGGGAUCGAAAAUCAGUACGAUGUGGUUGUGAUGCAAAAAUGUACCUAACAAAGGAGGUUGUAAAUGGCCAAGCUCAAUGGUAUGUCUCUCAGUUCAGUAAUGUUCAUAACCACGAACUGUUGGAAGAUGAUCAGGUGCGCCUACUUCCUGCCUAUAGAAAAAUUCAAGAGGCAGAUCAAGAGCGCAUCCUUCUACUCUCUAAAGCUGGAUUUCCCGUGAAUCGAAUAUUAAAGGUGCUGGAGUUAGAAAAGGGUGUUCAACCAGGUCAAUUGCCUUUUAUCGAAAAAGAUGUAAGGAAUUUUGUCAGGACAUGUAAAAAAACAGUUCAAGAAAAUGAUGCUAUGCUGUCUGAGAAGAGGGAGAAUGAUCUCCAGGAGCUUCUUGAGGCUUGUAAAGCUAUGGCACAGAAGAAUGAUGGAUUUGUCUACAAUUAUAGUACCGAGGAAAAUGGAAAAGUAGAAAACAUUGCAUGGGCUUAUGGAGACUCUGUCCGUGCAUUUUCAGUUUUUGGUGAUGUUGUUACAUUUGACACCACUUAUCGUUCAAUCACUUACAAUCUGCUACUUGGGAUUUGGUUUGGCAUUAGCAAUCAUGGGAGAGCAAUUUUUCUCGGCUGUGCUCUAUUACAAGAUGAAACAUCGCAGUCAUUCUCUUGGGCCUUACAGGUAUUUAUUCAAUUUAUGAGAGGAGGGCAGCCUCAGACUAUCCUUACUGAUAUAGAUUCAGGACUCAGAGAUUCUAUAGCCAUGGAGAUGCCAAAUACCAAGCACAUUAUAUGUGUAUGGCAGGUUCUCUCAAAAUUAUCUAGUUGGUUCUCUUUGUCACUUGGUUCACAAUAUGCAGAAUUCAGACCUCGGUUUGAUAUGUUGUGUCAUCUGGAAAAUGUAGAGGACUUUGAGCAUCAGUGGAAUCACGUGGUUGGUCAGUUUGGACUUGGUUCAGACAAGCAUAUUGCGUUGCUCUUUUCUUACCGUACAUCAUGGCCAUUUUGCUACACCCGAAAUUUCUUUCUGGCUCGUAGCUUAACUUCUGAGUAUUUGAAAUCUGUGGAGUCAUUCUUGAAGAAUAUAUUGAGCAUGCAAACAUGCCUGCAGUCCUUCUUUGAGCAGGUUGGUAUCGCUGCCAGCUUUGGAUAUCAGAACCAGGAUGAGAUGCUGUAUCUGCCCAUGAAAACUGGCCUGCCACUUGAAGAACAUGCAAGGAGUAUUCUAACUCCUUAUGCCUUUAAUGUGGCACAGAAUGAAAUUAUGCUAUCUAUGCAGUAUUCUCUUACUGAAAUGGCUAAUGGUUCAUAUCUUGUGAGGCACUAUAAGAAAAUGGAAAGAGAAUGCCUUGUUUUCUGGAUGCCUGAAGACGAGCAAGUUCACUGCUCAUGCAAGGAAUUUGAACAUUCUGGGAUUUUGUGCAGACAUUCCCUGCGUGUGCUCAUCGUAAAGAACUACUUUCAGAUUCCAGAAAAAUAUUUUCCAAUACGAUGGCAACUGCAGAGCUCCUUAGUUCCUUUGGAUGAUCAAAUCAUUGAAAGCCGCGGCAAUGAGCUGUCUGAGGCCUUUCAUUCCCUUACUUCAAGCCUGUUCUGUGAAGCAUCAAUCUCUAAGGAGCGUUACAAUCAUGUUCAUAGAGUGCUAACAGAACUCCUUGAACAUGUACAGAGUAUGCCGGUUAUGAGUGAAGUUGCAUUGAAUUUAGCACCUAAUAAUACCAGUGAACCUUAGGCUGACAUAAUCUGGUGGUUAGUGAAAAGUCAAUUGGAAACUUUCUUUGGGGGGCCUGGCUACUGAUUUAGAUGUUGAACGCAUCAAUGUGGUUAGGAGCCUUUUUGUAGGAAUGAAGAAAGUUCCUGAUUUUUACUUUUGAUCUCUGCAAAUUAGCCCAUGCUCUAGAUGCUAAAACUAGAGCUGGGGGGAUAAAGUUGGGCUCUGUAUCUGUAGCAGUUAAAAGUCCAUUCUUCUGCACAAAAUUUUCAUGUACUUCUUUACAUUGUUCAUUUAAGUGCAUAUAAACAUGCCAAUUCUUUUAAUGCCAUGUAAUACUCCAUUCUGAGAUUAGAAAUCUAAAAAUCUCUUAACAACA